AUGAAGAAACUAAGACGUCGACUUUCGGCCACCUUAUUAGGAUUGAAUAAUGAUGGAUCAGCGACAGGAUCCGCCUUUGGUACAAAUACCACUUUUAGACCUAAAUUAUUUCCGUUUCGUCGCUAUUCUUCCAUGUAUGAAUCAGAAACAGUUCGCCAAAAAAUAAAUGCAGCUAAGGAAACUAUUGAAAAUAGUGGUAAUAGUAAGCAGAUUUCAAAUCAACGGCGACACUCUGCUGCCAUCGAAUCACCGAGCAUACCAUUUGGUACUGAAGAUGCUUAUGAAAAGUUAGAACCUUUAGGCGAAGGAUCAUAUGCUACUGUUUAUAAGGGAUAUAGUAUAGGCCAUCAAAAAUUGGUAGCCUUAAAAGAAAUCACUUUAAAUGAAGAGGAAGGAACACCAUUUACAGCUAUACGUGAAGCUUCUUUGCUAAAACAAUUAAAGCACGCUAAUAUCGUAGUUCUUCACGAUAUUAUACAAACUCCAACGAAAUUAACCUUUGUUUUUGAAUAUGUUACAACAGAUCUUAGUCAAUAUUUAAAUCUUCAUCCAGGCGGUUUAAAUAUGAAAAAUGUAAAACUUUUUCUUUACCAACUUCUAAGAGGCCUUUCGUACUGUCAUCAACGAAGGAUAUUACAUAGGGAUAUUAAGCCACAAAAUAUACUUGUCAGUGAAAUUGGUGAAAUUAAGUUAGCUGAUUUUGGAUUAGCUAGAGCAAAAUCUGUUCCUAGUAAAACUUACUCACCCGAUGUUGUGACUUUAUGGUAUCGCCCACCGGAUGUUCUGCUCGGAUCAACAAAUUAUUCAACUUCAUUGGAUAUAUGGGGAGUUGGCUGUAUAUUUACUGAAAUGGUAUCUGGCAUUGCAACAUUCCCAGGCGUAAGAAACAUUAGUGACCAGUUAGAUAAAAUCUGGCAUAAGCUGGGUACGCCCACUGAAGAAACAUGGCCUGGAGUUACAAGUUACCCUGAGUAUUGUGCUGCUGAAACCAUGUUUUAUGAGUCACGAACCAUCGCUGAAGUUAUACCAAGACUUAUGAAGGACCCGGGUGCUGCUGACUUAGCUACUAAGAUGCUGCAGUAUCAACCAUUUAAACGAAUAUUUUGCCAAGCCGCAAUGAAUCAUCAAUACUUUACUGACAUACCUGAAGGAAUCAUAAAGUUACCUCCUACUGUUUCCAUAUUCUGUAAUGGUUUGGUUAAAUUGGCUCCAGAAGAAAAUGAAUUUGAGGGAGAUUCGUUAACCUCUGUGAUAUCGUAA